AUGGGGUUCUUUAGGCAGAUGGUGGAUUUUGUAGGUGAUGCUGGGGUGGAUGGAAAGGAUGUGGAUGGAACGCAGGUGAGGGUUUUGGAGGGGUUGUGGAGGGCGAGGAGGGAGCUUGCUGUGGGACGUCGCUAUCUGCGCUUUUUCCGCUUCAUAGGACAUCUUUCAAAAGCCUGGGAUAGUCUUUUAAAUGAAAACGGAAUAAAGAUGUUAAUUAACGUGGGAAAGUCGGGGUUCAUGGGUGCUUACUUAGGGUUGGAGAGUCUCACGAUAGUAAGUGCCACCAUCCCAGGAGAAUAG